GGUCCCCAUCUCUGAGGGCAUAUCCUCUCAUCUCCGUCAUCACCCGGCAGCCCUCUGUGGUCCCUCACCUCGGCCCUGCAGCUCCCAGUUCCCGAGCGUUGUCACCCCACUCCUCCUUGGGAGCCACCAGCGCGGAGACACAAGCCAGUGAAACCCACGCUAGCAGUGAGUCGGAAGGGGAGCAGCCCACCCCGCGGUUGAAAAAGCCUCGCCGAAGCCGGACCAUCUUCACGGAACUCCAGCUGAUGGGGCUGGAGAAGAAAUUCCAAAAGCAGAAGUAUCUGUCCACACCAGACAGGCUGGACCUUGCCCAAUCACUGGGGCUGACUCAGCUCCAGGUGAAGACUUGGUACCAGAACCGCAGGAUGAAGUGGAAGAAAAUGGUACUGAAAGGUGGGCAGGAAGCUCCGACAAAGCCCAAAGGCCGCCCGAAGAAAAACUCCAUCCCCACCUCAGAAGAGAUCGAGGCAGAGGAAAAGAUGAACAUCCAAGUUCAGAGGCAGAUGUUGGAGACAUCUCAGGCCCCAGAAGAGCCUGAAUUGACAGAGGAGAAGCCUGAAGUCUCCUUGGAGACGGGAAAGUCUCCGGAGCACACAUUGGAGCCCUCCCCGGAGGAGACAACGCCCUCGAGUUAAAAGAGGAAAAACAGAAGAAAAAAAAAACAGAAAAAGGAAAGAGAAAAAAACAAAUUUAAAAAACAAAACCAAAAAAAAACAAAACCAAAAAGACAUUGUGUAUAAGUCAGGAGCUUGUGCACUUUGUGUCACUGGGAAUCAACCAGCGUGGGCUACCGUGGAACAAAGAAACCCAAUGCGUAUGGUGACCGUCUUUCCCUUCCCAACAGCAUGUGUAAGUCCUCCCUGCAGAUAACAAGGGGGCCUGAGUACUUUAGAGCUAUCUUCCAGACGAAACUGUGUGUCUAGAAACCUGAAAUAGCCUGGAGAAUCAGGAAAAGCCCAGGGCUCCUUUCAUGCCACGGGAGGUGGUUGUGUAGUGAUAUGACCAUCCUGGAGGGUUCGGUGUGUUCGCUUGACCUUAUCUUUGCCUUUUAAGGUAGAAAUGGACAAAGUACUCAAUCCGGCCUCAAGGCAAUGACUGCCAGGAAAAAGGGAACUUUUACAGCACAAUUUCUCAUUUAACCAGCACUUAUUUCUGUUAGCCAUGGGCCCAAGUGAAACAGUUUUUUGGAGGAUGCACAGACCGAGGGUUUUGGUUCAGCCCAUUAUAAAGAUAGGUGCAAGAUUCAGACCCAGGUCAAGAUUCAGAUUUCAGAUCUUCCUUGGAGGUUUGAGGUGAUCAGAUGUGGGAUGUGGAGCAAUCCUUUAUAAAGAUAACGGCCAUUGGGUAAAAUCUAGAUUGAGAUCACGAUUUGGAUUUCAAGCUGCUCCAGAACUGGGAUUUUUGCUUCGGGCCCAUUUCUAAUUAUUGUAGGGUUUGUAUUUUUUUCCCCCAAGAAGCAUUUAAAUAUUUUCAGGGUUAGGGGAGAGCAAUGGAGUUAAGAAGUGGCUGAAGAAAGUUCGCGUUUGUUUUUAAGACCUGUGU